GCUAUACAUAGCACUUCCAAAGACGAGAGGGAGCAUGACUGAGACGGAGCGCGUCGUAGAAAGAAGCGAAAGUGAGGCACUACGUCAUGACAGCACUUCUGCAGGCUAUACCUUUGUCACAGAAGGUGAUCUUCGUGAGACAACGUUGCAUUGGGGUUUUCAUGCAAACCAUCUUCAUGUUGAGUUGGUGUGAUUGAAAUCAUUAUAUCGGGUCGUCCUUAUGCUUUUUCUGAAAUGGGUACCUAUGGGACGGAUCAAUUACAAUCUCGCUCGACCAUAAUUGAACGACCAUAGGACUUUUGGAAGAGAUACUUGAAGAGUUCUCGUGGGAGUUGAAAACAACUUUUUUUGAAGUCGUCGUGCAUCGUUUCGAAUUUCACAACCUGUAUCGCAUUUUGUUUUUCUCGUGUAUAAAAUACAUAUCGACGCAACAACAUACUUUUUUUACUCUGUACCAUAAAAUUGACAACUAUUUUACUGCACUUUCGUAAACGCCACGGCCACGGUCUGUACUGUAUUUACUAUCAAAGAUGCCAUUCCUCUUGGUUUGCCUUAAACUGCUAGUUGUCGUGGUAUCGCUCUUGUGAGGUCGCUUGCUGUUUUUUUUUGUCAUGUUGUAUACUACCAUCAGUAUCUAAAAAUACACACCCACGCCCACUGCACAACACAAGGCACAGGCAAAAAAAAACUACUCCUAUCACCAUGGUGGAGUAUCGCGUAGAUACCAGCAAGCACCCGGCCCCGGGGUUCGUCGCGGUAGGCAGAGAAACGGUGGAAGAGCUGGGAUUAGGUAUUUAGGUGGUUCAUCUCAACGGUUUGUGUAUCGGCUUGUAAAUCUUUGUAAAGCCGAAAAUGCAUUCCCAUUCGUCGUCACAUUUUUUUUGUGUUGCUAAAAGCGCAUGACAUCCUAUUCUCACCCUCAUUCAACAACAGGUACCCGAACAAGGAAAAAUCGAGCGACGAGCGGAAACCCACAUUUGCCAGGAUAUCAAAAUUGAAAUCAUGAACCACACGACACUCGUCAUGCUUUUUCUUGCAUGAGACGCUACCAUUGUCAUGCACAGAGUAGUUGUUCAAAAUCUUUUUUGACCUUGACACACCCGGGAGCUUCGGACGACCAACACACGACUCAUACUGGAAAACAGCGGUCAGUGGGAAGCAACAACUACGGACAAAUGCAGACGUAUUUUGUUUUACUUUUGGAUGAAAUGUUAUGCGUUUCGUGUGUUGCAUGUCCCAGCUCUUAUGCAGGGCUUCUGCAUGACAAGCGAUGAAAAUGACCCGUACUUAUCAGAAACGACUGGCGAAUGAGAUGCACCAUUGGAAUCUGGCGGUCAGAAACAAAAAUCCGUCAAUAUGACCUGCUCAAAGGUUACAAUCUCAAACGUUCCAAUCGAAUCUGAAAUUUGUGUUGCAUGAUGAGCAUGACAGAAUCGCAGAGCAUUCCACCUUCUGCAAUACAAAUUUCGCCAGAUUCUGGUGCGGAUUGGAACUCCGAAACUUGUCAUGCGCAAUCCUUUGAGAGUUGGCUAGAUAGUGCACUUCUUGCAACACAAAUUCCAGACUCUAUUGCAACAGUUGAGAUUGUAACACCUCCUGAGCAGGUGAUACUCAAUCAACCCCGCGAUCGGUACCUUACGCUCAACAAAAUCCGAGGGCAAUAUCGAGCCGUUCACCGUCGACAUAUGCAUCGCAAAAGUAUCGUACUAGUAUAAAUUGCAAUACAAAUGUCCCCAGCAUGAGAAAUAAAAUUUGUCAUGCGGAUUUGCCUUAAGAAAGAGACCAGCCACCCCCCGGCGGAGGCCGCCGGGGAGGGGGCUGUUCGGUGGAGGUGUUCCGGUGGGGAAGGUGGCGCCAGCAAUGACCGCGCGCCGCUACACAACCAAAUAAAAAGAACCCGGCCCAUGUUUCGGCUAUGAUCGGCACCAUGCCCGGCCUUAGUAGCUGCGCGCCGUGGGAAAAUGCGCACAGGAAACUAUUUCCGGGCGCCAACGUUCAAGACGCCACAAGGGCGACGCACCUGCUGCCAGCGCGCGCGGUCGCUGUGGGAAAGAAGUUGCGGCCACCCUAGGUGGCCGACCAGGUUAAGGCGUGGCGCCGCGCCCCCUCUGGGGGACGCAGAGCGGCGCACGCACUUUGAACGCCCGCUCUGAUCUGAAAGCGAAAUAAAACAAUGCCGGCCGGUCGCUGCGCCCUAGCGAGCUUCUUUAGGGGGCGCCGCGCGCAGACAAGUGGGCAGGCUGUGCUCCUGGAGGUGGUCCGCGAGAGGGUCCGCGAGAGGGUCCGGGAGAGGGUCCGGGAGAGGGUCCGGGAGAGGGUCCGGGAGAGGGUCCGGGAGAGGUUCGGAGAGGGUCCCGGAGAGGGUCCGGGAGAGGGUCGGAGAGGUCCCGAGAGGGUCCGCGGAGAGGUAAAAUAGAGGUUCCCGGAGAGGGUCGCGGUAGAGGGUCACAUAGAGGGUCGCCCUAUACUACGCACCCUCUCGGACCCUCCCGACCCUCUCCCCCUACCCUCUAUUUGACCUCUGUCCACCCUCUACCUACCCUCUUCGGGCGUAUAGCGCCGCUAUAAGGGCCGACAUACUACCCACCCUCUCCCUACCAUCUCCUUUACCUCUCGCUUUACCUCUCCCCGACCCUCUAUUUUUCCCCGACCCUCUACUUUACCUCUCCCAACCUCUAUUUUACCUCUAUGGAACCUCUCCCCACCCUCUACCGGAACCUCUCCGGCCCCGUUUUCUUCCAUAUAUAAAUAUAUUAAUUUGUAAUGCAUAACUGCAAUUAGUACGAGUGCGAUACUUUUGCACAGGUGGAUACGACACGGUUUAUACCUACGAUGCUCCGGCAGUGGCGAGUGGCAGGAAAUAUCAACUGCAAAAGGAUCGUACUAAGUAGUAUAAAUCCUUUGACAAAUUUUCCCAGCAUGAGAAAUGAAAUUUGUAAUGCGGAUUCAACUUGACAAAGAACUUUGUAAUGCAUGACUGCGAUUACUACAGGUACGAUAUUUUUGCACAGGAUAGGAAAAACCGGUCUGCAACCGACGAAGUGUACGACUACAGGAAACACAGCUGGUACAAUAAGACCUUUUUUAUUUGGUUUGCAACAGGGUGAUGGAGCGACUACUGCAUGACACGCAUGAUCUGUGAUGCAAGAAGAAAACGCAUGAGAAAACAGAAUCAUCAAAAAUAAAAAGGUAUCACGACGUGACGAGAAAGACGAUUGGUGUCAGCAGACCAAACCUAGAAACCGAGGAGCAGGCGCAACUGAUUAAGAAAUCAAAGGACCACAUUGGGUAUGGGAACGGAAUGAUAGGGUAUAGUGUACAUAGAGUUGUGAUUGAUGUAUUGCAUAACUUGCGUGGCGACAUUGACGAUUGUGAUUUGUUAUGCGGAUCAUGUCGCAUCAGAUGAGAGGGACACAUACGUGAUGAAUGAAACAAAACUUCUACCAGAUACGGUGACGUUCAGUCCACUUCCCUCGCGCCAGAAGCUCCGAGCUGGAUGUUCGGCAUGCGUAUGGUACCAGGGGUAGUCGGGAGUGGCAUGCCACGGUGGCAGUACUGCAUGGUAGAGGAGGACCCAAAAACGGGAAAGGGAAUCCUGAACACAAAGCCGCGCUAUUUUAAGAGGGGGCCGAAUCUGAGUAUUUCCUUUGUGGUCUGACUUCGAGGUCGAGUUUACUGUCAUGCAUACUCUCGUCCUUCCAGCAUUUGUUAUUUUUUCGUGCGGUAGUACAUGAAUUUCUCGGAAAAUCACCCCCCCCCCAGGUACCAUCGAAACCAUCGGCGGCGAGAAGCCGAUGCGAAACGACCGGUCUGUCCUCGACUACCGUCAGGCGCUGCCGAAAUCCAACAAACCCGAUGUGAAUCGGGUGAGUGACAAGCGACAGAGCGGGAUGAUCGGAACGGGUGCGAUUGUGAAGGAUGUGAUUAUGCCGCCUUCGAACCACCACGUGGUGGAGCCCGACUUCCGCCUGUUCCGAAAUGUGGAUCGGUACUGA